AUGAGACCCUUAAGCAACGGUCGAAACCGGUCAUGGCUGCUUAAAAUAAAAAUACUUAUGAAAACUGAUUAUUAUAUAACACAUUUAGAAGAUGUUGAUGAACCUCAUCGACCAAUAUUACUUAAUGAAUGGAAAGAAGAUCCUUCAUUAUUUUAUAAAUUAGUUGAACAACAAAUAAAAGAAUUAGCUAAAUCACAAAAACGAUAA